AUGAUUUACCAGUACAUGGCUCCGUGGGUGCCUGCGUUUUCGGCUGCUCUUGAGGCCGAAGCAGCCGCAAGAGAUCAUAAACCGCCAUUUACAACGUUCCAGUUUGCUUCGGUCGACAAGGAAGGGUACCCUAAAAACAGAACGUUGGUGCACAGAGGCAGCCUCUUCAACAACAGCUCGACAAACGUGAUGCUCUUUUGCACAGACAAGAGAAUGGACAAGUACGGCGAGCUCAUGAACAACGACAAGUUCGAAGCGGUGUACUACUUCGAAAAAACACGCAAACAGUUCAGGUUCCGUGGAAGAGCCCGGAUCAUCGAUCUGGAGCACGCCCCUGUCAUAGAUUUGACCAGCAUACAGCCCAGGAACAUCAUACUGAAGAGCCUCAAUGCCCUGAGCGAUUCGGAAGCUGAGGCUUCUGAUGAGGAGAAAGAGGAGGACGAGGGCCGCUUGGAGAUGUCUGCAUCGAGUGAGGAGAGCAGAAGCAGAAACGGUACGACGACGGCGUCGGCCGUAAGCGAUCCACAAUGUGAACCUAUUAGCUACCCUGUUGUUGCGCCAGCAACGUCGCAGAAACUCAGUCUCGAACACCAGAAUCUCGCAGUUUCGUACCCCAAUUUGCAAGAUCUCUCGCAUGUCGAGUUUACUCCCCCCACGAAAGAGGACUGGGACGCCGAGGUGCUCAGGGUGUGGGGCGAUCUUUCUAAAGGGCUCAAGCUGUCAUUCCGUAGACCAGCGCCAAGGCUGUUGUUGGACGAAGAGAAACAGAAUAUGAUCGACAAAAUCAGUAGAGGAGUUGAUGGCAAGGGCGAGGACAGCGGGCUCAAGAACUUUGCUGUGGUUGCGAUGUUUGUGGACACGGUGGACUAUUACGAGAUGGAGAAGGACAGGCGCUACAUUUACGAGAAAGACGAAUACCACUUGUGGAAUGAGCACGAGGUGUGUCCAUGA